AUGCUUCGCGACCAUCCGAUUUUUAUCAAUACCUGCAUGGCAUGCAAUACAGUGCUUGUCGUCAUCGCAGAAAGAUGGAGCCAAGCGACUGCGUACCGCGACACGUUUGAGACUCUGUCGCAGAAGACCAUCAACAUGAUAUGCACGGAAAUGUCCUCGUCCGCGAAUGAAAAUGGUAUUACAGCAGCUAAUUUGGACAAUGCCGGGUUCGCAACAAACCAAGAUAUCUUCUCUCACGAUUGGUUUGGUGGUCUGGAAGCCAUGGACGUACCUCACGAAAGCGAAUGGCUUGUAGAGGAAUUAUUACAAGGCAUGCGCAACUCUCAAUCCGCAGAUUUUGCUUUUGAGGAUCUAGGAUCUUUCAAUGCCGCAUAA